UGUGCAUAAGAUGUGUAACCACGAAGGGACUUGGACGACUGGGAGAACAGCCAGGUGUCAUUAUAGCGCUCUGAGUUCUUUUGGGCAAUAAAGCAAACAUAUAGGCAACGUAGCAGACUGACCAAACGAAAGAGCCAAGCACAGCACCAAUCUCAUCUCCUGAACAUGCAGAGCAUAAGAAAUUCCAUCUUGAGGCACGUGAGGGUGAGGGGAUCAGCUGAAUGGUGGAUAUUAGCUGAGAACUGGAAUGUGCUCAAGCAAUUGAGCCACAAGAUGUUCUCAUCAACAGCGAACAGCCCUGAUCAAAUAAUGGAUAGAGUGAUUGGACUCGUUAAGAAAUUCGAUAAAAUCGAUGUCUCUAAGGUUACUGAAACAGCUGAUUUUCAAAAAGACUUGAGCCUGGACAGCUUAGACAGGGUAGAGCUUGUUAUGGCUUUUGAGCAAGAAUUUUCCAUUGAGAUCCCUGACGAGAAAGCAGAUAAGCUUACUUGCUGUGCCGAUGUUGCAAAGUACAUUGUUUCUGGUGCUUAGCAAAAAUUUGUGGAGAAUUCCUGAGUGGUUUUCAAACCUACCAUGCAUUCAAGGUUUUAUUGGAGGAUGUGUCCUCUAUGUUUUCUUGUUAUCGAUUAGUCUUGGGUGCAAAAUUUCUAUGUUGGUUCACCUUGAUGUUGCUUUAGAAAUGUAAUGGUUGCAGCAAGUCUUACAACUCUUUGUUCUGAAGUAAUUCUCUUAUGACACUACAAUUCAAUAAUUUGCAUUUCUUUUGUGGAGUAACUCUAAUAUAUGGUAUUUCUCAUUAUGAGAACAUACUAUUAUUUACA